AUGGCUUCCAUUGUACCACACAAUCAGCCUGAGGAGGCCGUUGAUGAGACCGAGUUCGUUGAUGACCACCACCAUGCUCAUCACCGGGACUCCGUCCACCACCGUCUGCGGGCCAAUUCGGCCAUCAUGCAGUUCCAGAAGAUCCUCGUCGCCAAUCGUGGUGAGAUUCCUAUUCGUAUCUUCCGAACAGCCCAUGAGCUAUCCCUUCAGACCGUCGCCAUCUUCUCCCACGAGGACCGACUUUCAAUGCACCGCCAGAAGGCUGACGAGGCCUAUAUGAUUGGAAAGCGGGGCCAAUAUACUCCCGUUGGUGCAUACCUGGCAAUUGACGAGAUUGUCAAGAUCGCCCUGGAACAUGGGGUGCAUUUGAUCCACCCUGGUUAUGGUUUCUUGUCAGAGAACGCAGAGUUCGCUCGGAAGGUCGAACAAUCGGGGAUGGUCUUUGUUGGGCCGACCCCUGAGACGAUUGAGGGACUGGGUGACAAGGUCUCCGCCAGGAGACUGGCCAUCAAGGCCAAUGUCCCGGUUGUUCCCGGUACUGAGGGUCCUGUUGAGCGAUUCGAGGAAGUCAAGGCGUUUACUGACACCUACGGCUUCCCCAUCAUCAUCAAGGCCGCCUUCGGUGGUGGUGGCCGUGGUAUGCGUGUUGUCCGUAACCAGGCCGAUCUGCGUGACUCUUUUGAGCGUGCUACUUCAGAGGCUCGCUCAGCUUUCGGUAACGGCACAGUCUUCGUCGAGCGUUUCCUUGACAAGCCCAAGCACAUCGAGGUGCAGUUAUUGGGUGACAACCACGGCAACGUCGUCCACCUCUUCGAGCGUGACUGCUCUGUCCAACGUCGUCAUCAGAAAGUUGUUGAAAUCGCGCCCGCAAAGGAUCUCCCUCAAAACGUCCGGGACAGCAUCCUUGCAGACGCUGUUAAGCUGGCUAAAUCCGUCAACUACCGCAACGCCGGUACUGCCGAGUUCUUGGUCGACCAGCAAAACCGCUACUACUUCAUCGAAAUCAACCCCCGUAUCCAAGUCGAGCACACCAUCACAGAGGAAAUCACCGGCAUUGAUAUCGUUGCUGCUCAGAUCCAGAUUGCCGCUGGUGCUACUCUCGAGCAGCUCGGCCUGACCCAGGACCGUAUCUCCACCCGCGGUUUCGCUAUCCAGUGCCGUAUCACCACCGAGGACCCCGCUAAGGGAUUCUCUCCGGACACUGGUAAGAUUGAGGUGUACCGUUCCGCCGGUGGUAACGGUGUCCGUCUUGACGGUGGUAACGGUUUCGCUGGUGCCAUCAUUACUCCCCACUAUGAUUCCAUGCUGGUCAAGUGCACUUGCCGUGGUUCCACUUAUGAGAUAGCGCGCCGCAAGGUCGUGCGUGCCUUGGUCGAGUUCCGUAUUCGUGGUGUUAAGACCAACAUUCCUUUCUUGACCUCUUUACUUAGCCACCCCACCUUUAUUGACGGCAAUUGCUGGACCACUUUCAUUGAUGAUACUCCCGAACUUUUUGCCCUGGUUGGCAGUCAAAACCGUGCUCAGAAGCUGCUCGCUUACCUGGGUGAUGUUGCCGUGAACGGUAGCAGCAUUAAGGGUCAGAUUGGUGAACCCAAACUCAAGGGCGACAUUAUCAAGCCCACUCUCCACGAUGCUGCUGGCAAGCCCAUCGACGUCUCCUCCCCAUGCACUAAGGGCUGGAAGCAGAUUCUCGACCAGGAGGGUCCAGAGGCUUGGGCGAAGGCGGUGCGUGCCAACAAGGGAUGCUUGAUUAUGGACACCACCUGGCGUGAUGCUCACCAGUCCCUGCUCGCCACCCGUGUCCGUACCAUUGACCUGUUGAACAUUGCCCAUGAGACAAGUCAUGCUCUCUCCAACGCUUACAGUCUUGAGUGCUGGGGAGGUGCCACUUUCGACGUCGCCAUGCGGUUCCUCUACGAGGACCCGUGGGACCGUCUGCGUAAGCUGCGCAAGGCUGUUCCUAACAUUCCCUUCCAGAUGCUGCUCCGUGGUGCCAACGGAGUUGCCUACUCCUCCCUUCCUGAUAAUGCCAUCUACCACUUCUGUAAGCAAGCCAAGAGGUGCGGUGUUGACAUCUUCCGUGUUUUCGAUGCUCUUAACGACAUCGAUCAGCUCGAGGUUGGUAUAAAGGCGGUUCACGCCGCUGGCGGUGUUGUCGAAGCCACUGUCUGCUACAGCGGUGACAUGCUAAACCCCUCCAAGAAGUAUAACCUGGAAUACUACCUCAAAUUGGUUGAUAAGAUCGUUGCUCUCAAGCCCCAUGUCCUCGGAAUUAAGGAUAUGGCUGGUGUACUGAAGCCCCAGGCUGCUCGCCUUCUCAUUGGUAGUAUCCGUGAGCGCUACCCCGACCUCCCUAUUCACGUCCACACUCAUGACUCUGCCGGUACUGGUGUGGCGUCCAUGAUUGCCUGCGCCCAGGCAGGUGCUGAUGCUGUUGACGCGGCCACUGAUAGCCUUUCUGGAAUGACCUCUCAGCCCAGCAUUGGUGCCAUCCUUGCUUCUCUUGAGGGCACUGAGCAGGACCCCGGUCUUGACAGCGCUCAAGUUCGGGCUCUUGACAGCUACUGGGCCCAGCUCCGUCUGCUUUACUCGCCUUUUGAAGCUGGUCUCACCGGGCCUGACCCUGAAGUCUACGAGCACGAAAUUCCUGGUGGUCAGUUGACCAAUCUUAUCUUCCAGGCUAGCCAGCUCGGUCUAGGCCAGCAAUGGGCCGAGACCAAGAAAGCCUACGAGGUUGCCAACGACCUGCUUGGCGACAUUGUCAAGGUCACUCCUACCUCCAAGGUCGUCGGUGAUUUGGCUCAAUUCAUCGUGUCCAACAAAUUGACGCCUGAAGAUGUUAUCAACCGCGCAGGUGAGCUUGAUUUCCCUGGCUCUGUCCUUGAGUUCCUCGAAGGUCUCAUGGGCCAGCCGUACGGCGGUUUCCCCGAGCCUUUGCGUUCCAAGGCCCUCCGUGACCGCCGCAAGCUCGACAAGCGCCCUGGUCUUUUCCUGGAGCCCCUGGACUUGGCGAAGAUAAAAAAUGACCUUCGUGAGAAGUACGGCUCCGCCACCGAAUACGACGUGGCUAGUUACGCUAUGUACCCUAAGGUCUUUGAAGACUACAAGAAGUUCGUCCAGAAGUACGGAGACCUUUCUGUUCUUCCUACCCGCUUCUUCCUGGCCAAGCCUGAGAUUGGCGAGGAAUUCCAUGUCGAACUCGAAAAGGGUAAGGUACUGAUCCUCAAGCUGCUUGCCAUCGGUCCUCUUUCCGACCAGACUGGCCAGCGUGAGGUCUUCUACGAAGUCAACGGAGAGGUUCGUCAAGUCUCCGUCGACGAUAAAAAGGCGUCCGUCGAGAACAUUGCCCGCCCUAAGGCCGAUGUCACCGACAGCAGCCAGGUCGGUGCUCCUAUGAGCGGUGUUGUAGUCGAAAUCCGUGUCCACGAGGGCUCCGAGGUCAAGAAGGGUGACCCGAUUGCUGUUCUCAGCGCCAUGAAAAUGGAAAUGGUCAUAUCCGCUCCGCACAGCGGCAAGGUGUCUGGAUUGCUGGUUAAAGAGGGCGACUCUGUUGAUGGGCAGGAUCUCAUCUGCAAGAUUGCCAAGGCUUAAUAAUGAAAAUCUGAAGGGAACAUACGUUACCGGGAUUGACGGCUGGAUCUUUUGACUCUAUUUCUACUUUCAUAAAUGAACGGAGGAGUGGUUGCACGGCGAAGACAUUUGAACAGGGAUACUUUAUCGUUGGUUAGAGAAAGCUAGUGACCACGGAUAUAUGUCUAUGGGUUUUGGGCCUCUAAGGCUUCUUUUUCUGCUCUUUAUGUUGUUUGUUUGUUAGUUUAGUUUUAUGAUAUGAUGAUCAACAAACUCAGUUCAUGAUACAUGAAUGAACCUAUAGACUAAAUGAUAUCAGUGGUUCAUCCUUAG